GUCUCCCUUUUUCUCGCCCUCGAGCACUCAUCAGAAGAUGCUUUUCAUAAGACUCGCGCUGCUACUCUCGCGCGACAUCCCGAGGAUGAUAUACCAAGUCUACACCGGGUGAAAAAAAUCAUCAGCGACCUCUCGGGAGUGACAUCUAUUAUCAAGGAUAUGUGCAUCGACUCCUGCGUGGCCUUUGUCGGUCCGUACACUGAGCUUGACGAAUGUCCGAUGUGUCAGAAGCCACGAUAUGACCCCAUUAAGCUUCGGCUGAGUGGAGGCCGAGUCAAGCAGCCUCAGCAGGUAUUCCAUACCUUCCCUAUUGGCCCACAGCUUCAGGCUCUCUGGCAGCAUCCUGAUAGUGCUCGUCAGAUGCACUACCGCCGUCGCCGCACGCAGGAGAUAAUUGAGCAGUUG